AUGUAUCCACGAAGAAGGGUCAACGACGCAGUCCACUGGUUCAUGAACGACCUCACUUUCCGGAUCGUGGCUGAAUCUGGAAACCCGACUGACCGUCAGCAUCUCGGGAAAAUCUUGUUGCGGAGCUUUAAGGAUGCUCCCGACUUCGUUAUGCAGAUUGAUGGAGGGACAGGCGAGUCAGAAACUAGUGGCUCAGCCCUCGAGAGAACCGUGCGCUGCGCCAUCGCUCUCAAAAACCUCGGUCUUCAACAUCGUGACGUCAUGGUCCUAAUGGCUCCAAGCCACAUCGACCUGGCCAUACCUUUCUACGCGGCUAUGUACCUGGGAGUCAUAGCGUCUGCUAUUGACAGAACUUUGGGUGUUCACGAACUCCAAGGAACCUUUGACGUGUCAAGACCAAAAGUGAUCUUCUGCCAAAGCGAACGAGCACCAGACGUGCAGCUGGCCCUGAAUGGAAUAGAAUCGGAUGCCUUUAUAGUCACCUUCGACAAAGGAGACUAUCUCUGUAGCUUUCCUGAGUUCUUGGAGACAUAUGGAGAUAAUAGCCCUGUUGAGGAAUUUAAGGCUACAGAUUUCGACCCGGACGAGACAAUCGCGCUGUUAAUCGCCACUAGUGGAACCACCGGAUUACCCAAAGGCGCGGCUGCCACUCACAAGAACUUGUCGAUCUCUUUACCUUAUCUUUGGACUCGCCACACACAAUUCCCACACCCCACGAAGAUGAUAAUGAUCGGUUCACCGCUGCAGUGGCUGACGGCUCUCAUCAACUUCCUGAUGUCUCCCGUUCUUCAAUACACGAGGCUGCAGACGUCACAGUCUUUGACGCAGCAGCACGCGUAUGAUCUUAUUAACACUUACAAGCCAACCUUCACGGUACUAAGUCCGACGUUCAUGAACACGCUCAUAACCCCUGGAGAACAUGAGCAAUGUGACUUCAGCUGCCUGGAAACCCUGAUGCUGGGAGGAAGCGCUGUUCCGCCGGAUCUAGUAACGGACAUAAAGAAAAUAAUACCCAACACCGAGGUGCUAAACGUGUACGGAAUGAGCGAGAUUACAACUAUAGCGUUCAUGGACUCAGGGUCCAACCUUCCUGGUUCUGCCCCCGCUGGGAAACCCAUCGGGUGCUUACAAUACAGGUUGAUAGACAUCGACACUCAAGAAGACAUAUACGAGCCUCACAGAAACGGGGAGUUAUGGCUAAAAGGUCCAGGAAUGAUCAAGUUCUACUACAACAACCCUGAGGCGACAGAAGAGACUUUUGCCGAAGGCGAAUGGUUCAAAACCGGCGAUGUGUUCUAUAGGGAUGAGGACUACAACUUUUUCUUCGUGGAAAGGAUUAAAUUGCUGCUCAAGUAUAUGAGUCAUCAAAUCUCCCCAGUGGAACUAGAGAUUACAAUUCGUCAACUUCCAGGAGUACUGGAUGUGGCCGUGACUGGUAUACAAGAUCCGAAAUGUGGAGAGUUACCAGUCGCUUGCGUCGUUAGGUGUCCAGGUUCCGACAUCACUGCGGAAGACGUCAAACAGAUAGUGAGAGAGAAUCUCGCAGACUCAAAACAGCUGAGAGGAGGGGUCAUAUUCUUAGACACGAUUCCACAAACGGCGUCCACUAAGGUUCAUCGAAGAAAACUCAAAGAGAUAGCUAUGCAAAUGGAAACUGAAUGAAAUAAAAUAAUUU